AUUUGGUGUACGGGCAACCCUAGACCUCUAUGGUAAACAGAUUGUUGUCAGUUUUCAUAAAAUAAAAUCUUGUCUUUGGUGAAUUGUUACUGUGAUGUCGUCGUCGAGUAUCGAGUGUCGUCGUCUUUUGUAAAGUUUUAUCAAGAUAUUCCUGGACUUAACUUGGUGAACGUGAUAAACUUCUCAAAUAGCUUAUGUAUCUAAAAGUGACUUGUAAUAAAUUUUGUUUAGUGUCGGACUUGGACAAAAAAAAUUGUGAUCAGUUUCUAAUUUUAAUUACCCCUAAGUGGGAUAGUUUGGCAAAAUGAUGACCGAAAAUAGAAUUAGUUCAAGUAAUCACGUCGGAAACAGUAUGAGCAAUCAGAAUAAGGGAGAUGUCGAUAAAGCUGUCGACGACAUCGGUUGGAAAUCAAAAUUAAAAAUACCCCCAAAAGAUAGAAGAAUAAGAACUAGUGAUGUCACUGAUACUAGAGGUAAUGAGUUUGAAGAGUUCUGCUUAAAACGAGAGCUGCUGAUGGGCAUUUUUGAGAAGGGGUGGGAAAAACCGUCCCCCAUUCAAGAGGCUUCAAUCCCCAUUGCACUAAGUGGUAAAGAUGUGCUCGCUCGAGCCAAAAAUGGUACAGGCAAGACUGGAGCUUACUGUAUUCCAGUUUUAGAACAGGUUGAUCCUAAAAAAGACGCUAUCCAAGCUUUAAUUGUGGUACCAACUAGAGAGUUAGCACUUCAGACAUCACAAAUUUGCAUUGAACUGGCAAAACACACAGACAUACGCGUGAUGGUCACCACAGGAGGCACCAACCUCAGAGAUGAUAUUAUGCGUAUUUAUCAAAAUGUGCAAGUGAUUAUUGCCACACCAGGCCGAAUGAUUGAUCUCAUGGACAAGCAGGUUGCUAAGAUGGACCAGUGCCGGAUGCUGGUCCUAGAUGAAGCUGACAAACUUCUUUCUCAGGACUUCAAAGGCAUGCUGGAUAUGGUUAUUUCACGAUUACCCAAAGAACGCCAAAUCUUGCUGUUCUCUGCCACUUUCCCGUUGAGUGUGAAGCAAUUCAUGGAGAAGCACUUGAGGGAGCCCUAUGAAAUUAACCUCAUGGAGGAGCUCACGCUGAAGGGAGUCACACAAUAUUAUGCAUUUGUACAAGAGAGGCAGAAGGUGCAUUGUUUAAAUACCCUAUUUUCAAAGUUACAAAUAAAUCAGUCCAUCAUUUUCUGCAACUCAACUCAGCGCGUGGAGCUGCUAGCCAAGAAGAUCACCGAGCUGGGGUACUGCUGCUACUACAUCCACGCGCGCAUGGCGCAAGCGCACCGCAACCGCGUGUUCCACGACUUCCGCGCUGGGCUGUGCCGCAAUCUCGUCUGCUCGGACCUGUUCACGCGCGGUAUCGACGUGCAGGCCGUCAACGUCGUCAUCAACUUCGACUUCCCGCGCAUGGCCGAGACCUACCUGCACCGCAUCGGCCGCUCGGGCCGCUUCGGCCACCUGGGUAUCGCCAUCAACCUCAUCACGUACGAGGACCGGUUCGCCCUGCACCGCAUCGAGCAGGAGCUGGGCACGGAGAUCAAGCCGAUCCCGAAGGUCAUCGACCCCGCGCUGUACGUAGCGCGCGCGGGCGACGACGACGAUGCGGACAAGUAACGCGCCGAGUGAGUGCUCGCGCCCGCGCCGCUAAUGCCAGCGCCGCCGACUGACUGGUGAAUGGAUUACUAUAAAAAUAUAAAACGAAAAACUUAUUUGUAAAAAGUGUAAUGAAUUUAUUUGUAACGAAAUGUGCGUGUAAAUAGUUUAUCGUGAAAUAAGACUUUGAACCUGGAAUGGGUUACUUUUUUAAAGUGUAUAUAAAACGAACAUCGGGACUUGCGAGAGGCGUCUACGUUCUUUGUCCAUAUUGGAUACUGUGCGUGAAUUCCUAUAUUGUUAAAACGUAAAAUAUUUAUCUGAAUCUGUGGGAGUCUACCUAGAUUUGUCAGUGAAAUUAACAUAAAUUGUGGUAGACUUUUGACAGAUGAUCAUGAGGAUACUUGCCCAUAUUUCGUACAGUAGAGCUAGCACCGGGUUUCUUUUACGUGUGAAUUUCUAAAAAUUUAAUUCUGUGAUAUGGGUGAGUAUGAACAGUCUAGCUCUGCCAAUCUGUCAAAUUAAUGUUGUGAUAAAUGAUACAAAAUGAAAAACAGUGUCACGGACAUUGUCUUUGUCUGCUUGGGACAGUGUCUAUUCCAUCAAGCCGUGUUUAUAUAUCAGAUGUAUUUUAAUGUCAUUAAAUUUUUUUCGAGUGUAAAGCAGCUUAAGUCACAGUAGGAUAACUUAAGUUGGUGUAAGGUUUGGUAGGCAUGUCUAAUGGAACAAAUCAAAUCUAUUUUAUAAUUCUUUUUCUGGUUCCGAGAGAAAUAUUUGCAUAACAAGGGCUAAGGAAAAAAGUGAUUCCGAAAGACUUCUAAAUAAAUUGGUGAUAAUGAUAGAUGCAGCUGGGCCUACCUGACCUUAUGGAGAUGAUUUUUUUUGUUGAAUUUAGAAGAAACUGUGACUUUAACGAGGCUGGGCAAUGAACUGUACUGCUGCGGCUUGCGGUCACGGUACAUUGCUUGGUCUAGGGGAAAUUUUAUUUAGAGAGUAUUUAGUUUUGAUUAUUAAAGUAACAUGAUAUUUUGACUCUCUGGGGAAAUGAAUUAUGGGGAAUGUCAAGUGAAGAGUUAAAACGUUUGGUCUGUAUUUUCAGUCAACAUGUAGCUUAACGUUAAAUUAUAAAAAGAAAACUGUGUUCAGUAUUACUUGGGAUAAA